AGAGGAGGCACAUACAAAAUAGGCCUAAUUAAAAACAUAAUGUAUGCUGCUGUAGCAUGACGGAGAACUCUGGUUUGACUAAAUAGAGAUCAAGCUUAUUGGCCUGGUUCUGUCCCUUCCUUUGAUUAUAUCACAUGACACACAGUGGUCCAAAAUGGCGUCGGGUGUUGUCAAGUCUGCAUCCAGUUCUUCUUCACUGGACUCGGAAAAUUCGGGCAAAUUAUCCAACGAUGAAGUUGUCAGUGAGAUGUCUGGCGAGUUCAACAAAUUUCUUAACCUGAAUAUGGAAAAAGAGGAAAAAAAGUUCAAUGACAGUGUGGAAAUGAUGCUGACUAAACUGGAUGAAUUCUUCUCUUUAGUUGAUAUGAUUCGCAGUGAUACGACGCUCUGCCUCUCCACCACUGUUCCGGAUAUCCAAGCCAAGUGUCAGGAAAUUGAAGCUGUCUUUGAGAAAAUUGAUAAGCUGGAGGAUUUUGUUGCUAUUGUCAGAGAGUGUGUCUCAGCCACUGAAGAGAAAGUGAACAAGGCAGAGACAGACUUGGGGGCUGUUGGGGGCCUGGUGAAAAAGCUCACCUCUUUUGUCUCAAAGAAAAAAAACCCAGCACAUCCCCGAGGGGGCAGAACAGAUUAUGUACCAGUCAACAUCUUCUCCACGGACCAGUUCUUUGACCACUCUCAGGACUCUGCGAUGUCACCCCCCAAAGACGUGCAAGACGAACUGGCCAGCAGCAGCAGCUCCUCAUGACACAGUGUUCACAAACUUUACGGCUCAUUCUUUAACUGGGUUGAGGGCUUUCCUGAUCAGACCUGCCAAGUACUCCGACAAAAUCUCAGCUCUCCGAGUUUGUUUUUUAAAUUUGAAGAACCAUUAACAGAUUUGCAGAAAAUCUAACCUUUUUUGCUCAAAUUCCAUUUCCGCCAGGUGGUAUGCGACUUAUCACAAAAGACAUGAAAACACACCAAACACGUUUUCAUUUGAGUUUAUUUGCGUGUGUUUGCAAUACAUGUGGCUCAGUCGAUUUGUUAUGUAAUCUUAAUCUACAAUGGCUCUGGAUUUUUUUUCCCCCAAACUCGCAUUUUUUUUAGGGGGGAUUUGAGGAAAUAUUUCUGGUCAUGGAGUGGUUGGCAGGUCUGUCUGAUGAUUACUGAAAUUUGAGGGAGUGGAGGUGGGGCUGGAUGGUCAGGACUGAUAUUUAAUCAAAGACACGUACGGAGAAAACAGUCCCUGGAUCCCGUUGAUUCCUGCUGCUGCCGUUUUUUCCUCGUAUGUUAUUUAUGCAAUUUUCAUGAGUGGUUGAUAGUCUGCCAGAUCAUAGGAAACCUUUAGGUAUGCAUGGCUAAAAAGCAGGCAUACAUGUAUGUUUUUGGGGGUUUUUUUUAGAACAGAAACCUCAGAAGAUAAUUAAGAAUCAGAAUAUUAAUGAGGUAUAUCCUACUCUUUGUCUUCAAAGGUCAAAGAAUGAUUUGGGUAAAUGUAAAACAGGUGUGACCUCUUCAUCUCAAAUAUUCUACUGUUUAGAAAUUGAAUUAAAAACGUUUUUUUGUGUCUUUUUUAUUCAUGUUAGUAAAAUUUUGAGUCAGGUGAGAUUAAACGUUUUUGCACUUUGCUUUUUAAUUAGUCAUUGACAUUAAGCACCUGUAGGAGGGACACGACGCGCACAAAAAUACCCACUACUGUUUCAGAGCUUUCUGUUUUCCCCAUCUUUAUGUCAAUGGUCACGACAGAAUACAAGAACAGUGGUCUCUGCCAAAGAACCUCGUCACUGGGAGACAAAAAAUGGGGUUUCUUAGUUAAAUAUGACCCAAGUACAAUCAGGUAGUUGAUGGGUGCUCUAGCAUGGUAUGCUUCUUGUUUCCUUUGAAACAUAUAUCAUACUUAUCUGUCCUUCUUUUCUCUGUAUGUUAUUCUCCAAUCAUCCCCCCAUCUAUUUGUUUUGCAAGUGCCAUAAAAAAAAAAAACUCUUAUUGAAACCAAAACUACACCAUAGGAGGUACUUAAGCCUGAGAGAAAAUGGAGAGGUUUCUUGUUUUAUUUUAUUGUGGGUUUUUUUUUUUUGGGGGGGGGGGGAGUAUAUAAAUGACUAAGUGUGUACAUAUGUUGGUGGGUGCUGGUUGUUGUUUCGGGUGUAAGUGAGAAUGAAUGGCUUCACAGUUUUGAGUAAAUUUGUAAAUUUCCAUGUCGCUGCAUCAUCAUGGUGGUUUGUCAGAGUAUUGAAACUUGUGAAACAGAACCAGUCGCAACACUGUAUCAGUAAAGAGUAAAAAUGACCCAUGAAGGGGUCAGCUUGUGUAAGAUGAUAAUCGGACUAUUUGACUUUGACUUCUUGAGAGAGGGGCAAGAGACUGAACCAAUGGAAAACCAGUCAGCUUCUGACCUGAUCAAUAGAGCUCUAUUCCAUGCCUAAAAAUGUUCUGUGUAAAUGUGCAGUGCCUGCAGGGUGAUGAUUCUAGUCGUAUGCUGGUUCGCCCAACCUGCACUUUCAUCUCCUCAACCCACCUUCACAUCUUUUGCCUUCUCCUUCAUUAACAAAGACCCUGUGAAUGCUAUCUGUUACAGAAAAGUGUGGGUAAGUAUGGGGCUUAGAAAAGUAUAUCUCCCUUACCUCAGUCCGAGCUCGGAGGUGGAAUUUAUAUUUUAGAAUGGGUUCUUAGGCAUGCAAGUUAUAGAGAGAAAAAAAAUGUUGUUACGCAGAAAAAAUUGGCUCUUAGGUAGACCAGGUUCUUAUGCGAAGUGUUCUUAAGUGGAGACCACGGUACUUGAUGUUUCUGUGAAUCAUAUGUUAGUAACACAUGGUUGUUGCCUUACUUACUUUUUCAAGUGCUUUGUGAUAGCGGAGAAUAAGUUGUGCAUUCCUAUGAAAACUUAAAGGAAAAUAAAAUAAGUACCGAUUUUUUGUUCUUUUAAAAAAUGUAUCUGCAACAUUUAAAAGAAACAUUUAGUGGUUUCAGCAAGUUACUCAGGUGCUAAUUUGACCUUUCAUUUUGUAUUUUGUUGCUGUUGGGCUAUUCUUGAGUUUUAAUUAAUCCUCUAUUUAUGUACUUACCUGUGUUCAAAGAUAAUGUCUAUUUUAAAUUAUUUUUUGUUUGUCCUUCGCUUUUUUUCCCUUGUUUUAUUUGUCAGCAUUUCAUUCACAACAUUAAAAAAUGUGAUAUAUUUAAAGAGUGCCUUUCUUUUGAAAAGAAAUGAUAUGUAAUGAAUGAAAGAUGAGUCUGCUUUUGCCAUCUAAUCUAGAUUAAGAUACGUAUGUAUCAUAUUUCAAGUUGUGGCUAGUGUGAAAAGAUCUAUGUUAACCCCGAUUAAGAUCCUCUAGUCAACGAAGACAUUUUGUCAGCACAAAAGGAGAGGAAAGCCCAUCAUAAUUUGUUAUUGUCUAUGUGGCAGCUUGUUGGAUGUUCCCUCCUUGCUGCUUACCUGAUGAGUCAUUGAGCAUAAAGCAUUGUUUGUAUCCGGCAGUGUUGGAAGAUGUUGACUCUUUAUUGUGGAGCAGUUGGAUUCCUGGUGUUUAGCCAUUCUCAUUUCUUGACAGAGGUCAUCUAGGACAUGAUUUUUGCCUCCGGAUUACCACUGAAAAGUAAUCUUGGGUCUGAUGCGCACACAGUCAGGAGGAGAAAUUAUAUUACCAUAGCCAUACUAAUUUCAGUCAAAAAGGGAAAUAUUGCUAUAGCCAUACUAAUUUCACAGUAAAAAAUAGAGAUAUUAUCAUAGCCAUUUUAAUUUCACAAUAAAAAAAAGAGAUAUAAUCAUAGCCAUACACAUUUAACAGUAAAAAAAAAAAAAAAGAGAGAUAUUAUCGUAGUCAUACGAAUUUCACAGGUAAUUUUCCUCUCAUCAUAUGAAGGUUCAUAGCUAUAAUAUGAAAACGUGAGAAAUUUCGUAGUUUACUUAUUUAUGGCUACUCGUGUUGUUUCCCUUCUGCUGUCCCAGGUUAGAUUAUGUGGCUGUGAAUGUGAAGGGAUUUACAGUCUCCUCCUCUUGUCCAUGGCUGUGGCACAGUGAUUCUUGUAGAUUUCAUGUUCUGUACAUUUGCUGGCUAAACCGUAAAGGAUGAAUUUUUCAAGUGAAAGAAACUCAACAGUGAAAGUGGAAGACGAGACGGAGUGCAUGUGUGUGCCCCUUUUAUCUGAAUGUAGUUAUUUGUGGAGAGGAACACUUGUAGUGAGUAUAUUUAUGCAUCUCAACAGUGUUUUGCAAUCAUGUAUGGAUGUUUUUUUCUCUCUCUUUAGUUUCUGACUACUGUUGAUUACUUCCAGGCAUAACUUUUUGUUGAAUUAUUCAUGCCCUUCCUGAGCCAAUGCAGAGAGCUUGGUCUGCCAUCAGGAUACUGGGCUUUAAGAAAACAUUCCAAAAUCUGUGAUGGGUCUAAACUACCCAUGAUAGAAUUAGAAUGUAAAGUGUUAUGUGGCAUAGAGGGCGUGUUCUAACUGUCUGGCGUUUCUGCUUGUCUACUCCAUCAGUCCCAUAGUCUUUCUUGUGAAAUAUGUUUUUCAGGUCCUACGACAAAAAAAAUGUUUUCAUCUAUAUCACAUUGUCAGAAACAUGUGAGCUGUAAAAUCAAUAUCUACUGGUGUGUGAAAGACUGAGUAGUAUAAUAUAUGUCCUUUCUUUUCGAAGUACAGUCGAGAUUGUCCAAAACAGCCGCCCUUUGUUAAGGAAAAAGGAAGUUGUCUUGGAUUGAUAAACGUCUUGGACAGUAUCAUUAUAAGAAAAAACUGCAGUUAAAAAGUGGUAUUGGUAAAUAGUCAUUUGUACAAACGAUUACUUUGGACUGGUGCUUGUUGAAGCAGGUUUGACUGUAUAUAUGUUUGACAUUUUAUGCAACUGCACUCAUUAGUGGCAAAGUAAAUUAAACAAGGAAACGGCAUACAAUGGAAUGGGAGAUGUAUCUGCUCUAAAUUUGUGAUUGGAAAGGUUGAUUUUGUUCUUCAAAAUUUGGAACAUAGCUUUCUUUAAUUUACCUGUCACUGGGUUUACAUUCAACUUAGUCCAAAAAUGUAAUUUUGCUUUGACCAGAUGUUCUAAUGUUUUAACAGACAUACAGAAUCACUGUUCUUGUUUAAUACCUCAUUAAGAACACUUUUCAUUUGUCUUAAGAUGAAGGGGCCAGGAUAAGUUGGUCUGCGUCAGUUUGUCAUAUUUUGAUAUUUGAUUAUUUUUCAAAGUGAGAAGGUGGGAAUUUUUCCUUUGUGGAGAGUUACUGGCACUGACACUGCAGUUCUUUCUCAACAUGAUGGUGCUUUCAGUCAGGUUAGAAUGCUGUUUGUGUAUGUGUACUUCUCUAUUCCUUUAUCCUGUUUAAAGAUAUGGCUGUGUGUAUGUGUUUGUGUCAUGUGUGUGUGUGUAUGUGUAUGUUUGUAUUUGCAUGUGCUAGUGAAUACAUUGGACUGUGUAUCAUUUUUAUUUUAUUUUUUUGUUGGGGGGGGGGGGUGUUAUAAGGCACCUUCAUUUUAAAUAAAAACCCAUUUACAUUGGACAAGAUAGCCUGACGUAUGAAUUCAUUCUUGUUUUCAGUGUGUGUUGAUAAGUCUAGGCAUGUUUGGGUGUAUGUAUGAAGAUGUGUUUCAUUGCACAAGAUAAAAGUUCAUAUAUAUCCCUAUUUAGUAGCUAAAAAAUAGAAAAAAUCUACUAAUAUUCUUUUAUGUUGGGAUGUAUGUAUGUAUGAAGAUAUUGUGUAAAUGUGUUUUGUUGCACAAGAUUGAAAUUCAUGUCUCUAGUAGCUAAAAAAAAAGAAAGCUAAGUUUAAGUGUCAGAUUUAGAGCAGUGUAUACUAUUCAACUAACUGAAUGAAGUGUCUGUAUCCCCACCACUGUGACGAGAGUUUGUCAUGAACUUGAAGCGUUUGUACGAAUUGUGAUAUUGUUGCACAUGUACAGUGGAGUCUGCUUAAACUGAAAUCUAUGGGGCCACUAGAUUUUCUUUGCUUUAGUGAGGUUCUCGGUUUUGAGAGCAAUAGAAGAGAAAAAAACCUGGCUAUUUAUAUAUAUUUUUUUUUACCACUGGGUUUUUUUUUAAAUUACCGUGUUCAGUUAAGUGGACUCCACUGGGUACUGGGUAGAUACAUGGGGGUUUAGAUAUUGUGGUUGUUUCAAUGACCUUUCUUAUGUAUGACCUCCAUGGGUUGUUUCUAGAACAAAGCUUUCAUGUAAUUUUGAACUUGAAUAGUCUGCAGUGAUCCAUACGGAGUGUGAGUAUUAAAUAUUUCUUAGUAGUCAGUGAAUGACAGUGCUAUGAUAAGGGCUUCCUGAAUAUUUUGUUCAAUAUUAUUUCUUAUUAUCUUUGUGAUUAGAUCCUAGCACAUUGUGCUUGCCAUAUUAUGUAGAGUGAUGCAACAGUAUGAGCUGGAAGACAAUGUAAGAACAGGUUUUUUGUAUGUAUUUGUUUAUUCUUUUUUUUUUAAGGAAAAAAGCUUAUGCUCAAAAACUGAAUCAUUGGGAGGUGUUUUUUCAUCAGGAUACUGGUCUGAGAGGAAAGUUCGGACUCUCUUGGAUUCGAUCUCCACACUUUUUUGUUGACUUGAUUGGUUUUUGUUUGGUUGUGAAAUAUGUAGAAUGGUUUGUAAAUUGGAGCUUCAUUGAAAGAAUACCAUUGAAAUUAAUUCCCCCAAAAAAUAAUUGUAUGUGUAAAUGAUUUCAGCUGUAUGUUUUGGGUUCAUGAUUAUAUGCAGUAGUCUUUGUCUAUCAUCACCCUCCGAGGUUGGGUUUUUUUUUUUCAAUAUUCAUUUUCUGCACUUGUUUAAAUGCUAUCAGAACUGUGCCUUAUGUGAUUAAUUCAUGAUUAAAUACGUUUGCAUAUAUACAUGUA